CUUAUAAAUGGCAGAGCUGUGAUGAGAACAAACAUACUAAUUACCAUAGCCGAAACAAUAAUAGUGUUUGUUGUUUUGAGAAUUGGGAGAAAUUGAACAUCCAAUCCAGAAUAUUAGCAGAGAAGCAAAUUAUGGUAACCAUCAAAUCUCCAUUGCCUCUCAUCCUUUGCUGCUACCUCUUGGUAUCUUUCGUCUUCUUCCCACAUGGAGCACUCUCUCGUCAACUACAGGGGGAAGGUGGUGGCAAUAAACGAAGCAAAGCGGACGUAAAAAGAAGUACAUCACGAUCAGCACCAUCUUGGGUUGGCCAGGAUUCACAUCCACCACCGUCUAGCCAGGUUUCAAGGACAAGUUCAAGUUCAAGUCAAUCUACGGUCGUGGAGUAUUCUCGUCAGGAUUCCAACAGCCCCACAGGCCCGGGAUGGAAUUGCCAAACCACAACUACUAGUAAUGGUUACGCGAGAUCGUGUUCGAAGACCACUUAUCAAUCCUCCACCAGCCCAUAAAGUUUAUGUUUCGUUCUGAGAUAAAGCUUGGUGUGUAUUCUGUUGUUGUUUGGUAUGUUUCGCCCAUACCAGCCAAAAUGAUAUUCAUGGCUGGUAUAUUAACUGUGUACUACGAAUGAAAUAAAUGAUAAAAGAAGGAUAUAUAAUAAAG